UAGUCGCUUCAUUACUUCGCCGAAUUGUCGAUGUGUGGCUAGGAGAAUCGCUUGGCAAAGAUUUCGAAAAAUAUGAUGUAUCUAUACCUAUUGGCAAUAGUUUUAACAUCAUGUUGUAUAACUUAUAAGUUUCUUUGUUGGAAUUUCGAUUACUGGCAGUGUAGAAACGUUCGAGGACCCAAACCUCGUGCUCUCUUUGGGUCCUAUCCAAACCUGUUGCUGCGCAGACAACAUUUUGGUGAUGAUAUGAAAGAUAUUUAUGUGCGUUUUCAGUCGACAGACAAAUUUGUGGGCACUUAUCUGAUGCGCACGCCAACAUUGAUGAUUAUAGAUCCACACAUUGUGCAUAAUAUAUUUGUAACUUCAUUCAACCAUUUCAACGAUAACGAUGUUGGGAAAUUGAUUGAUUGCAGAAAAGAUCCGCUGAUUGCCAACAAUCCUUUUAUAUUAGUGGGUGAAAAAUGGCGCCUUCAACGAUCUCUCAUAUCACCUGCUUUGACCAGUUUCCGCUUAAGACAAUGUUACCAUGCUAUGCCCAAGAUAUGCGAUCAGAUGAAUGAUUUUAUUGUUAACAAAGGACUAUUGAAUAUCAAUGGAAAGGAUGUAUGUAUGCUUGCAUUGCGGUUCACAGCAGAGAGCUUAAGCGAUUGUGUAUUGGGUAUGGAAUCGAAAAGUUUUACACAAACUCCAUUACCAAUAUCAGAAAAUGUUAACAAAUUUGCCAGUGACAAUAUUGCCUUUAGCAUAUUUACUUUAAUCAGUGGCUUGUUGCCAAUUCUUUUGAAAUAUUAUAAAGCAAAAUUCUUUCCCUCGGACUGUGAGAAUUUUUUUAUGGAUCUUAUGAGUAAUGCUUAUAAUAUGCGUUACGCCAAGGCUACCGAAAAGAAUGAUAUUCUAGAUCAUUUAAUUAAAAUAAAAGAGCUGUAUAAACUCACGGAUAUGGAAAUAUAUUCACAUACCAUGACAUUUUUAAUAGAUGGUCUGGACACGACAGCGACAGUAAUUUCUCAUUGUUUGCUAAUGUUGGCUAAAGAGCCUUUAACUCAAAGGGCAUUGUAUGAAGAAAUCUGCUUGAACUAUGAUGAUCAACAUGGAAUCACUUUUGAUAAAUUAAAUGAAAUGCCGUAUUUGGAUGCCUGUAUACACGAAACUCUUCGUAUCUAUCCUCCUGGUUUAUGGUCUACUAAAUGUUGCACAAAGACUUAUCAAAUGUCGAACAAAGAUGGUAAAAUUCUCACACUGAACGAGGGUGAGCCGGUAAUAAUCCCAAUUUAUGCUUUCCAUCACGAUGCUCAAUACUACCCCGAACCGGAAAUAUUCAAACCUGAACGAUUUCUACCAGAAAAUGGGGGAGUAAAACAUUUUCGCGAUUGUGGAGUAUUCUUGGGAUUUGGAGAUGGUCCUCGCACUUGCAUAGGUAAACGUUUUGCAUUGCUUCAAUCUAAAUCUGCAGUAGCAUAUCUUGUUAGGACGUUUCAAGUUAAAUUGAACAAAAGAACUAAACCCGAUUUUAGGCUUGACCCUAAAAGUUUUCUGGCAUUGCAUAACGGUGGAGUUUGGCUAGACUUUCAAAGGAGGUCCUAAAUAAUGACUUAAGCAGGGGUAUACAAUGUAUACUAUACGUAAAUAAAUUCGAAUAAAUUGUCCUACUUCUAAAAUAUAAUUUUAAUUUAUCAAUAA